AUGACGCAGUUGAGUGUAUAUGGCGGCCUCUUCUCUGAUCCCCCGCUUAUCUCGACAGAUGGGGACCCAAAGCGGACGGACCCGUACGACAAAAUGGACACCAUCCCGUCGCGCUACCUCGGCAAGGGAAUGAGUAUAGGCCGCAGUGGCACAGGACAAAAUGCCGAGGUGUAUUUUGACAAGAAGUACCUGACACUUGCCUCUCCUGAACAGAACGGCAAUAAAGACUUGGGUGCUUUUGAGGAUGCCGACACACGCAUGCGUCGAGAAGCAAUGGAAUCAAAAAAAAAGAACAUCUCUGAAAAGGUGUUUCUUUUGCCGUCCUAUCCGAAGUGGAGUGAUGGCCCAGGCAGUUAUUCAGGCUGCUUUCAGGAUCGACCGUAUCCGUUUAUCCUGCCAGGGGAGAAUGAUAAGAAGUCUCGCCGGCGGAAGAAGGCGGCCGUGACGGAGGUGACUGACAAGAACAAGUCUAGUCUUCCCAACAUCAAGACUAAUCGAACCAAGAAGGGAACAUACGGCGUCCCUGGAACGCUUCUGGACAAUCCCAAGUAUAAUGACAACUGGCGACAGGAAAUGGAGAAAUUGGAUGCUUUGAGGGCAAAGCGGGAGAAAAACGUUCCGCAACCAAAGCCAAUGGGUUCACCAUUUAAAACUCCAGGCGUUACCCACGACUUUUUAGACGAACUCCACGCCACUGGCGUGUCGGCCGUAUAUCACUACGAGCCGGUGGAAGAGAAGUCCCCAAAACGCAAAGGGCGUGUCAAAUCUCCAGCUGCGGUGGCGGUUUUUACACAGGAGAGACCUAUGUCAUUUAAACGGACCAAAUCUGGUCAAGAAGGCUGCAUUGCGGAUUUCCCCAACACCUGGAUUGACCCUGAUGCUUUGGAGAGAGAGAGAAAUAAAGGAAAGAAGAAGAACCGAAAGCCAAAGCCAGAAUACGUUCCGAGCCCUCCUAAGGGAGCAAGCGGGAUCUGGAAGCCGAAUUCAUUUCCUGAAGCAUCGGUUGUACAGUCGUGUCUUCGUCGAUUCUACUAG